AUGGCUGCCUUGACCUUGAGGUGCUACUGCUACUCAUCUAGUGUAACCAUCGUUCCGAGGAGGAAGACCUCGAGGACGACGAUCAUAAGAGCCUCCAUCUCCAUCGAUGACUGCUCAAGUUCUGAGUCCAAGAAAAAAUCCAACUCUGUCCGCUUCACCGGCAAGGUCAACAAGGUUUAUGAGGACAAGAACAUGGGAAUCCUCUGCUACACCGAUGAGAACGGUGAAUUGGUGUGUGAAGGCCUAGACGAAGGCCCGAGGCUGACCUGGCAGGACAUGGAGAAACUCAAUAUAGAGAAAAAAACGAAGAACCGAGAACAUCAGAGGCAGAGGACGACAGCGCCUACAGUGGGUAGGAUCGACUGGAGCAGCCUCCAGGCUGCUGUUAGCAUGGGGAAGAACUGA